AUGGUGUAUUACUUCACGUCAAACAUUGUUGAGCCUGCGGCCUUCAUCUACGUAGGCAAGGACAAAGUAGAAAAUGAGGACCUGAUCGCGCACGGCUGGCCAGAGGACGUCUGGUUCCACGUCGACAAUCUUUCCUCCGCCCACAUCUACCUGCGCAUGCGCGACAACGAAACCUGGGACAACAUCCCCGAAGAGCUGCUCACGGACUGUGCGCAGCUCACCAAGGCCAACAGCAUUGAGGGCAACAAGAAGGACAAUGUCACGGUCAUCUAUACGCCAUGGAGCAAUCUGAAGAAGAGCGGGAACAUGGCGACCGGACAAGUCGGGUUUAAGGACCAGAAAUUGGUGAAGCGAUUAUACGUCGAGAAGCGCGAGAAUCCCAUCGUCAAUCGCCUGAACAAGACCAAGGUCGAAAAGUUCCCCGAUCUCCGCCAGGAGAAGGCAGAUCGCGAAAGGGAGUUGCGGAAGAUUGAAAGGAUUGCUGCGCAGGAGAAGAAAAAGGAAGAUGCCAAAAUAGCCGAGGAACGAAAGCGGAUCAAGUACCAAAAGGAGCAUAUGUACGAUGAUCUGCACACCGAGGAUAACAUGGCCAUCACGUCCAACGAAGACCGGGACGCCGAUUUCCUGGAUGAUUUUAUGUAG